AUGGAUGCAGAAGUGGGAGCACAACUGAUGGAUGCAGAAGUGGGAACACAACUGAUGGAUGCAGAAGUGGGAGCACAACUGAUGGAUGCAGAAGUGGGAGCACAACUGAUGGAUGCAGAAGUGGGAACACAACUGAGAGGGACAACCUCCCUGCAGGUGGAGAUCACCCCGAUGCAAGGAGAGAUCAGUAUGGGGGAGUCAAAAUUCUUCCUCUGCGAAGUUGUCGGAGAUGUAAAGGACAUUGAUUGGUAUGCCCCGAACGGUGAGAAGCUCCUACCGAACAGACAGGACAUCCUCGUGAACCGCAACGACGAGUCCUCGUCCACUCUCACGAUCUAUAACGCCAACGUGGACAAUGCCGGCAUCUACAAGUGUGUUGCCAAAAAUGGAGACAAGGAGUCUCAGGGCACCGUCAACGUUAAAAUCUUCCAAAAGAUAACCUUCAAGAACGCCCCUUCCCCACAGGAGUUCAAUGAAGGGGAUGACGCUGACAUCAUCUGUGACGUCGUCAGCUCGCCUCCCGCUGACAUCAUCUGGAAGCACAAAGGCUCAAAAAUCCAGGUUGCAAAAGACGUUCGAUUUAAGAUCCUGACCAACAACCACCUCCAGAUCCGAGGCAUCAAGAAAACAGAUGAAGGGGGGUACACCUGUGAGGCCCGUGUAAUGACCAGGGGAGAGAUUGACCUAAAGAUCAUCAAGGUCAUCGUCAACGUGCUCCCUAGCAUCCGCACCAGGCAGUCGGAGGUGAAUGCCACGGCGGACGUCAACCAGUCUGUGAUGCUGGCCUGUGACGCUGACGGCUUCCCUGAACCCACAGUCACCUGGGCCCGUAACAACAUUGUCCUUGAAUCGGACGAUAAGUACGGCCUGAACAACGACGGCUCGGAGCUGAUAAUAAAGGAUGUCAAGAAAGUGGAUGAAGGAGAUUACACAUGCAUCGCCCGGAACAAGGCCGGGGAGAAAGAGGAGGAAGUCAGCUUGAAUGUGUUCGUGCAACCUAAGAUCACCUACCUGGUCAACCAGACUGCAUCAGAGCUGGAGGAGCAGAUCACCCUGACCUGCGAGGCCUCAGGAGACCCCACCCCCACCAUCACCUGGAGCUUUGGUCGCAGGAUCUUCACAGAGGGAGAGCAGGCUUCUUGGACUCGGCCUGAGACGUACGAGAGUCUUGAUGGAAAUGUUGUGGUGCGUAGUCACGCACGGGUUUCCUCUCUCACCUUGAAGUAUGUCCAGUUCACCGAUGCCGGCCACUACCUCUGCACUGCCCGCAACUCCAUCGGUCAAGACCAGCAGACCAUGUACCUGGAAGUGCGCUAUGCUCCCAAGAUCCAGGGCUCGGUGACGGUCUACACCUGGGAAGGGAACGCAGCCAACAUCAGCUGUGAGGUGCUGGCUCAUCCGGGAGCCUCAGUGGUGUGGUUCAGAGAUGGCCAGCAGCUGUCUAGCACGAACACCACCAACGUCAAGAUCUACAACACACCAGCUGUCAGCUACCUCGAGGUCACCCCAGAUUCCCAGAAUGACUUUGGAAGCUACAACUGCACAGCUACCAACAUGAUCGGAGCAGAGUCCAAGGAGUUCCUUCUGAUCCAAGCAGAUGUGCCGUCGGCACCCGCCAUCGAGCGAGUGGAGCCCUUUUCCAGCACCGCCGUUGUGGAGUUUGAGGAGCCCGAUGCCAGCGGCGGCGUUGCCAUCCUCAAGUACCGGGCAGAGUGGCGCAUACAGGGUGAAGACUGGGCCGGCAGGGAGUACGACGCAGAGGAGGGCCUGAGCAUGAUCACCAUCGUUGGCCUGAAGCCCGAGACCUUCUAUGAGGUCAAGAUGUCCGCCAUCAACGGCAAGGGCGAGGGCGAGAGCAGCCCUCCCCAGAACUUCAAGACUGAGCCAGUCCAGGGGGAGCCCAGUCCCCCUAAACUGGAGGGCAAGCUGCAGACCACGGGCAACGCCCUCAAGGUCAACUGGAUCAAGCAGGACGAUGGAGGCUCGCCCAUCAAACACUACCUGAUAAGAUACAGGGCUAAGCACGUUCCGGACUGGAAGCCGGAGAUCCGCUUGCCCAACGGCAGUGAGUACGUGGUGCUGAACAGCCUAGACUGGAACACAGAGUAUGAAGUCUACGUGGUGGCCGAGAACCAGCAGGGCAAGUCGCAGCCCGGCACCCUCUUCUUCUGGACUGCAGCAGAGCCCACCGCCAUCCCAGACACUAUGGAUAGCGGCUCAGGCCUAGGCACAGGGGCCAUCGUGGGGAUCCUCAUUGUGGUCUUUGUGCUGCUGCUGGUGGGCGUCGACGUCACCUGCUACUUCCUCAACAAGUGCGGCCUCGUCAUGUGCAUUGCCGUCAACUUCUGCGGCAAGUCCGGACCCGGAGCCAAGAGCAAGGACCUCGAGGAGGGCAAGGCGGCGUUCACGAAGGAUGAGUCCAAGGGGCCCAUUGUGGAGGUGAGGACGGAGGAGGAGCGCACUCCUAACCAUGAAGGGGGGGGGCCUACAGAGCCUAACGAGACCACCCCUCUGACUGAGCCUGAGCCCGCUGCUGACACUACUGCCACGGUGGUGGACUUGCUCCCUUCUGUCGCCACUAACUCUGAACCUGUCACUGAGAGCUUUAGCACAACCCAGAACAGCCCAGCUAGCGAGAGCACCACUCUCACCUCCAGCGCAGCUGGCCCAACCCCUGUCCUGGCUGAGUCCAAAACUGCCCCCAAAACCUCCCCUAAAAGCACUCCUGCCCCCAUCCCCCAGUCCAGCACGGCCAAACCUAGCACCCCCGCACCCCAGCGUGCCACCCAAUCCGACGUGGCUCCCCUCGUUGACCUAAGCGAGGCUCCUAAAGCCACACCCUCGUCCGACCUCAAGCCCCCCACCCCCACAACCCCAUCCUUGAAGCCAGUCAAGGUCCCCUCCAACCCCCCCUCUGCCACAGCCGAUGCCGCACCGCAGAGCCAGCCCGAGUCUGUCCAAAGCCCCUCCGCCACCAGCAGUCAGAAUAAGGAUUUACAGAUAGACGGCCUGGCCAAGGAUGUGUUUGAUGCCCCAGGCAAAGGCUCCAAGGCCCCGGCAGACUCCACUGCUGCACCCGCCCAGGACGACGGUAAAAUCGUGACAGACGAUAAAAGUAAAGCGCCGGAGACAGCGACAGAGGUGAAGAAAGCCCUGUCUGAUGUUAAGACAGUCCCGAACGAAGCUGCAAAGACAAAUGGCAACGAGAGCAAAGCAUAAUCCCGACAGCGAGAAGGGAGGGGGUCGGGUGCACCACAGUCACAGACCUCCAGAGGAAAACGUCACACACCACUCCGUCAAACAACAAAAAGCUCAAUAAAGG